AUGGGAUUCACUGCUCUCAAUGUGAAGAAGUCGAUCUCCUCAUCCUCCUCCUUAUCGGUUUCCACAGAGCCAUCUUCUUCAUCCUCUUCGCCAACUCCAAGAACUCACGAAGAACCCCAAAACUUGACUUCACAUCCCUCUACAGCUUUAGAGCAACAACAACAAGAACCACAGCAAAUGGUAACGAAAUCUUUUUCUUCAACAAACCAAAAUAUUUCUUUGAUACAGCCGUUGUCAUCAACACGUAGCUCCAAAGGAGUAUAUACUUCACUCAAUAAUACUCGUACAGAUCCUUUCAUUAAACCAAUGACUCCAUCUUCUGCUGCCGUUUUUUUAAAUGCAAAACACAAAACCCAAAAGGGUUAUCCUUCUGUACCAGAUGCUUCCGUACUUGACCCUAUUCCAUUCUCUGUUCACACUGCUGCUACUCUUUCCUCCUCAUCAUCUACUUUAUCUUCUUCUUCUCCAGUAGAUUCUGCAGCUUCUUCUACCCCCAAAUUAGUUACUCGACCUUACAAUAGAACAAAUAAAUCUGUACCCAAAACACUCGGUAAAAAAGCAAAACCCAUUUCCUUUGCAUCAGAGAGUCACCCUGAUAAUUCACCAUCCGAAUUGGCAACUACACUCACCCCUGGGUCAGAUAAUUCUUCUUCCGCUAAUUCUACCCCCAUUCAAUUUCAAUUUAAAACUGGGAAGCGCAAGUACGAAAGGAGAGCACCACGAAAACCUGCACAUUCUUCACCAAACUCUACUACCACUAAUGCCACAAACGAUAAAAUUACGCGCCGGCAAUCUUCAACAUCAAUGACUUCCAGUACAAGGCAAAGUCUACAAUCUACUAUAGAUAACUCAUUGAAAUAUAGCCCACAACCUGGCUCACAGCCACUUCCACCACCUCCAUCACAAAUACAACAACAAGUACAACAAGUACAACAAGUACAACAAGUGCAGCAACAGCAGCAACAGCAGCAACAGCAGCAACAGCAGCAACAGCAGCAACAGCAGCAACAGCAGCAACAGCAGCAACAGCAGCAACAGCAGCAACAGCAGCAACAGCAGCAACAGCAGCAACAGCAGCAACAGCAGCAACAGCAGCAACAGCAGCAACAGCAACAACAGCAGCAACAGCAACAACAGCAACAACAGCAACAACAGCAACAACAGCAACAACAGCAACAACAGCAACAACAGCAACAACAGCAAGCCAUUCAUACCCACUACCUUUAUCCACAAAUCAGAAGUAGAGCUAACCCACCAUUGGAUCUAACUGAUGUAAUUAAACCCAACGAUUUCACUGAGUUGCCUCCUAAAACUCAACGCGUAUUUAAUAUCCAAGAUGCUCCAACAUUUUCUCCCACACAAGCAGAAUUUUCUGAUCCAUUGACUUACAUUAACAAAAUCUCGAUUAUUGGCCAAAAAUAUGGCAUGGCUAAAAUAAUUCCACCACCAAAUUGGAGGGCUGAUUUUUCUCUAGACACUGAGAUGUUUUGGUUUAAGGCUCGUCGCCAGCAUCUCAACUCGGAGCUUGGCGGCUUUUUGGCCCGUAUUCAUUUUAUUUCAAACCUACACUACUUCCACAAAAUGAAUGGCACGGCAAUCGGUAAGAUCCCAAUGAUUGAUAAACGCACCUUAGAUUUAUAUCAUUUGCAUAUGUGUGUUCGUCUCCGUGGAGGGUUUGUGACUGUUUGCCGAAAAAAAAUGUGGGCCCAGAUUGGUCGUGAAUUGGGUUACAAUGGUAAAAUCAUGACAUCUCUUUCCACUUCUCUCAAAUCAUCCUAUCAAAAGUUUAUCGCUCCUUAUGACGACUUUUUAAAGCAGUCUGGAAUACUUGCAACUAACCAAAAUGGCCGUCAUGAUGAAGACAUUACAAAUAAUGGUGUUUUUGUCGAGAAUUUUUUGAUUCUAAAUAAAGAUUACGACAUGAAUAAUUAUGCUGCUGUGAUGAAUGUUCUCCCCGGCGAAAUGCCUGACCACCCGGAAAACACGAUGCAAUUUGUAAACGACUACCAACAGAUGGUUUCCCGGAAAAUGUCAGAUGUCAAGGGCAGUGAAAAUGGAGUGUUGAAAACAUACCAAUUCCCAAGUGGUGGUGUUCUUAAAUUUUUCGUUUUUUAUAAUGAAUACCUCACUGAUCCAUUUGGCAAAAAUUUUGGCCUUGACCCCAAAAAGGAUGCAGCCAAAAUCACUGAAUUUUACAAAAACGAUGCGGAAAAAAAUGGCCUAGAAAACACCCCUACAAUCACAUGCUCGCACACCCCAAUCAUUCGUUAUAACAAUGUCACCUGGAAUGAAAUCAAACAACCCAGCUCUUCUAAUGAUAAACUUAAAGAGGUCUUAGAAGAUUGUGAUAUAUCGUCUACAGACUGUCCAACAUAUAAUCUGCGGCAGUUUCAACGCAAGGCUGAUAGAUUUUACGAAGUCUAUUUUAACGGCAAAAAUAUACCAAUAGGCUCAUCUGACAUGACACGUUCCGAAGAGAUUGUUGAAAAUGAGUAUUGGAAAAACUUAUCUAAUAAUAACACCCUUGAAGUUGAAUAUGGUGUUGACAUCCAUACUUCUAUUCACGGUUCCCCAUUUCCCCAACCAGAACGUGAUGCGUCUAAUCCAAAUGUUCACAACCCCUGGAAUCUAAAUUCUUUGCCGUUUCACAAACACUCCUUGCUGAGGUUCAUUGAUAUCCCAUCUUUAUCUUUGGUCCAACCAUGGCUACAAAUUGGAAUGCUCUUUUCCUCGAAAAGUUGGAACUAUUCCGAUAUAUUUUCUCACUCGGUCUCUUACAACCAUUUCGGCGCAAGCAGAACCUGGUAUUCUGUCCCGGAACAGGAUCAUGAAAAAAUGCGGAAACUUUUAGCAUCAAUAGCAGGCCCAAAUACUGCCAUCACUGGUCCGUCAUUUUUAUUUGAAUUUAAUCGAAUCGUAACGCCAGAGACUCUCAAAGCUCAUGGAAUUCGAUGCUAUGCAAUUGAACAGCGACCUGGCCAGUUUGUCAUCAACUUCCCCAAGUCUUACUCUUGCCAUUUCAAUCAUGGCUUCAAUUUGAUUGAGUCUGUUCAAACGUUACCAAUCUAUAAUUGGAUUCCCUACGGGCUUGAUUCAUUUCACCAAUUUGGCAAAUAUCGUUUACGUCCACCUUUUUGCUUGGAGAAAUUAAUGCUAAUUGCUCUUCAAGAUAAAAAUGAAGAUAUUACGGCAAGAAUACUUCCAACACUCUGCAAACUCAUUGAAGAGGAAAUGAAAUUGAGAGAGGCUUUACUUAAAACUUUCCCACAAAUUUAUGUUGCCGCAGAAAAUCAUGACUUGAAUGAUUUUGCCUAUGUCAGCACAAUAUCUAAUCAAUAUUGUUACUUUUCAAGAGUAGUCAAUGCCAAAAAGCAAAGCGUUCUCACAAUAAAUGAAUUUUUUUCAUUAGAUCAUAGCUCCAAUGUUGGUGAUUAUACUUUUGUGAUUCGCAUUCCUGACAGGCAUUUGGAAUCCAUUCUUCAUCAAAAGAGCAUCAACAGUGAAAAUGUUGAAAAUUGGAAGGAGAAAUAUCAUACUCAUUUGCGAGAGUCACCCAAGCCGGACUUGGAAUAUCUUCGCGAUCUUCUUUUUGAAGGAAAACAAUUCUUUGUUAAUGUAAGCGAAGUGCCUGGUUUGGAAAAGUUUGUCAUGAAAGCCGAUCAAUGGGUAAAUAAAGCCCAAAUGCUUUUGCGGGAUUUUGAGCCAAAGCCUGGUAACAACUCCAGCUCCAACUCCAACACUGCAACACAGUUCGGUCCUUUUCAAAGGAUUGAAUUUUUGGAACAGCUAGCAAACGAACUUCCUGAUAUUCCGUUCCAUUCUCCUGAAACAGAGCAAAUCAAGUAUUGGGCAACAAAAGUAACGGAUUUUCUUGACAAUAUUGAAAAAUCUGUACAAGAAAACUCUUCAGAAGAUUACCAACAUGGUGUUUUGGCACAAGCUGCCCAAUUGGGUCUUCCUAUUUCAAAUUUGGAUAGAAUGAUGAAAAUUAAGAAAUGGACUGAUCUUGUUUCAAAUGCUCAUAAAAUUUCUUCUGAUGACAAAAUUUUGAGCACUAUUCAACAUCUCUAUCAGCAAGGUCUGGAGUUGCAAAUUCCUUUACCUCUUCCAGCCGCUCUAGCAGCUUUAAUCUCUAAUGAAGACUUUGGACCAAAACAAAAGAAACAAGAAAAUGAUGCUGAAAAUAAUAAUGCUGAAAAGAGUGAUGAAAAGGUUCCAACAAAGCUCAAACCUGGGUUUGAUGACAAUGUUAACAAGUUUGAAAAGGAAUGCACACCAGUUGUAGCUUCGGAAUCUCCCAAUUCAGCACCUUUGGCUUUCCCAACUAAAACCAAAUCACAUCCAACAAAGACACAAAGCGUUUCGCCUUUUAAUACUCCCAUUAUUGGUGAUAUCAAUGAAGAUUUACCCCCAUCAAAGGUUCUCGAUACCAUCGAAAAGAGAUGUAAGUCUUCAUCAAUCCACAAUAGACCAUCUUAUGGCGAAGUCAAGAGAAUGAUUGGAACCAUCAAAGUUGGGGAAGAUGAUGCCUUACUGAAACGAGUUCUUCGGCUGCUUCAACGCGUCGAAGACUGGUAUACGGAAGGAAGACAGUUAUUUCAAACAGAAUCACCCAUGGCAAUUCUUUUACCAGCUCUUCAAUGGUACUGUGCUAAUUCUUUCAAUCUACAAGAUAGAGUUGAAGCAAUUGACAAUUCAGAGAAGAGGGUGUGCUUGUGCCGUACUUCUCCAAGUAAAGUUGGCAUGGUACAAUGCAAUACAUGCAAUGAAUCCUUUCAUGUUAAAUGCUUGGGUUCACGAAAGUACAUCACCAAUCCCAUUGAGUCAGGGGAGCAAAAGGAUAAGUUUGUGUGUCCAGUAUGCCAGCGGGUGGAUGAAUUUUCAGAAGGAUCCGAAGAUAAACAUCCUAAAUUUGGAAAUUUAUAUAUAUCCAGUGUUGUUUUGAUUCAUUCUGACCUCACCCGGCCUAACAGCGAUGAGUUUUCUCAUUGGGCGCGACAAAAGAAUCGCUUGCCUCUUCAACCAGACGAAUUUUACAGUCUUACAACAACUCUUCAGUAUAUUGAGCGGUAUCAGAAAUAUCUUCAUGACGAACUUUUCAUUGGAAUUGAUAACGGAAUAGUGUCUCUCGAGGAUGCACGUCUUCACUUACGCAAGGUUGAGGGUGGAAUUAUUUUAUUGGAAGCAGAGCGCUCUAUCUUAGCGGCUGCCGUUGAACGUCUUUCUGAAAAGAAAGAUGAUGGUAAUACAGAUAAUAAUUUCAUUACGGAUAGAAUGGAAAUUGAUGUACCCCCUGUUGAUGAUACACCAAAAGCUCAAUAUUGGAACCGUAGGACUGUUGAAACCCCUAUUGAGAAGGGAGGCUCUGACUCUGUUGAGGCUCGAAAUGACAUUCCCACAUCACCCAAGAGUCAAAACGAACCAAGGCAUUUAAGUAGUGGUUGCAAUACUAUUCCUUUGAAGAGUGAAAUUGCAACAAUUACAACUGUUCAGAAUGAUACUAGACAGGAUACAGACUCGUUUCCUGGAAAAUCUAUUGAGCCAACUGACGAGUAUCGUGCUGCAGAAAAAGAUUCUAAAAAGCUCCAUGAUACUAGUGUGAAUGUCCCGGAUGUUGUAGGUGCCGAUGAGCAACCUCAGAGACUGAGAAGCUUAUCAUUAGGAGAUGACGAUACACCAUAUGCCCCAAUUAUUCUCAAACGGCAGAGAGUCCCUGAGGAAACUUCUGAUAAUAGCGGAGAUAGCGUCUGCCCUACGCCUAAUCACAAAUCACAGUCUUCAAACCAGGAAGUCGAGUCUGAAUAUGUGUUAAAACCUGAGGCUGAGCCAAGGGUUGAACAUGGAAGCCGAUUUGUAAAUAGAGUAAAGGAGGAAUAUUUAUUGAAAAACAGCUACGGGUCUGAAAUCCCGGUCAUCAAAGAAGGCGAUUUUGAUUUAGGAGAGAAUCCCGAAGAUAGUGAAAUUGAUUAUGAGGAAGACUUUUCGGUCGAAGAAGAAGAGGCUAGGGGCAAUGCCAAAGUUAAUGAGGAUUCAAUUCAGGAAGAAGAUUGUAGGCCAAACUCGCAGCCUAACCAGAAAUACGAGGACGAAUACGAGAAGACUUCCAAUUACGAAGAGAAAAUUGGUCACUCAAGAGUUCGAUCCGAGGGAAAUGGCUACAAGGAGCAGGUACAGGGCAAGGCUACAACACCCAAAAAAUCAAAAGAGUCUGUAAUUCCGAUCAAUGGCCAGUCUUCGAUUUCCCUCACAGUGAGUAAUCACGAGCCCUCCAUUGUAACAACCCCGCGCAAACGCAUUCGGCGCGAUUCCAAUGAACCGACGCUGGGUGAUGAAGAAGAUAGAACCAAAAAGAUGCGGGUGACGGCGCCGGCGCUGUGA